AUGGCCAAAGAUCCAUUAAACGAAUUAUUGGAAUUUUUAAAACCAGAAUGCAGGAUAGAUUUAAAGCACAUCUCCUUAGAACAUUUAAUCGGUGUGUCAGGAACUGAAGAAGGUGUACAAGUUAUUUUAAAGAAUGAUAGUUUGCUAAAAUCUAUUAUCGACUGUACAGAUGAUAGAGUGGACGAAAUUGCCAAAAAUGCUCUUCUACUUCUCAUUAAUAUCACUGCUUACGAGAAAGGUGCUACACAAUUAUUACAACUUAAACCGGACACGAAGAAAAGCGUCUUAGACAUAUUUGUAGGUUAUGUACUAGAUCCCCAAAAAAACCAUGCUGACGCUGCUUGCAUGAUACUUUGUAACAUUACACGGGCCGAGGAAAACAUUGAAAAAUGCAUAGACUUAAUUUUACCAUUCUUAAAUGACCUCUUGAAUGUUUUCGUCAACACGGGUUUCAACAAAAAAAGGCUCAAAUUUAGAUUAUUUAGCACCCAUGAUAAGUAA